AUGAGACUCUCUAGCAGCUGGCCUCAUCUCCUGAGGCUGCUCCUGGCAAUCUCACUCCAUCAUGUCGCAGUCACCGCUCGCGCUAUCCCCGAGAUCGUGCUCGGCCCGGAUUCGCAUGGAUCCCUCGGUGCCGUGGCCAGCGAGGCUGCCGAGUGCAGCGCCAUAGGAAGAGACUUGAUCGCCAGAGGCGGCAAUGCCGCCGACGCGCUAGUUGGCACGACGUUCUGCGUCGGCGUCAUCGGCAUGUAUCACUCAGGCAUCGGUGGCGGCGGUUUUGCCAUAAUCCGCGAUGCCCACGGCAACUACGAAGCCGUGGACUUCCGCGAGACUGCCCCUGCCGCGGCCCAUCAAGACAUGUACCAGGGCAACGUGAACGGGAGCAUCGUCGGCGGUUUGGCCGUCGGCGUGCCCAGCGAGGUCCGCGGCCUCGAGUAUAUCCAUAAGAAAUAUGGUGUACUCCCCUGGAAGAUCGUCAUGCGAGGCGCCAUCCAUGUCGCAAGAAACGGCUUCAAAGUGUCGAGCGACACGGUCAGCUACAUGGAGAGAGGCGUCGCCGGGAGAGAGUUCAACUACCUGUCCCAGGACCCCAGCUUUGCGCAGGACUUUGCCCCCAACGGAACGUUGCUGGGUGUUGGCGACAUCAUGACCCGAAAGCGAUAUGCCGACACUCUCGAAAAGAUUGCGGAACAGGGAGGGGAUGCCUUCUACACGGGCGAGAUUGCCGAGGCCAUGGUCAAGUACAUCCAGCAGACAAACGGCAGCAUGACGCUCGAAGACUUCUCGUCCUACAAGGUCCUGUCCCGUCCCGUCAAGUCGGUGCGCUACCGCGGCGUGGACCUGCACACGGUGGGCGCGCCCGCAAGCGGCGCCGUGUGCCUCAACAUCCUCAAGACGAUGGAGCAGUUCGACCUGUCCGACCGCGACAACGUCAACCUCACCGCGCACCGCUUCGCCGAGGCCAUGCGCUUCGCGUACGGCUCGCGCGUCGAGCUCGGCGACCCGGACUAUGUAAACGGCGUGCGCGCCUUCGAGGACCGCAUGCUCAGCGAGGUCAACGCUCGACGCAUCCGCGCCAACAUCUCCGACGACCACACGCAGCCAGUGGAGGCGUACGAUCCGUCUGACACGUACGCGCCCGACGGCCACGGCACGUCGCACAUUGUCACGGCCGAUGCGUCGGGCAUGGCCACGUCGCUGACGACUACUAUCAACCUCCUCUUUGGAGCACAGAUCAUGGAUCCGACCUCGGGCGUCAUCCUCAACAACGAGAUGAACGACUUCUCCAUCCCCGGUGUGCCCAACGAGUUCGGCUUCCAGCCCUCCGAGGCCAACUACAUCCGCCCUGGCAAGCGGCCGCUCUCGUCGGUCACGCCCGUCAUCGCCUCGGACCCGCGCCGCGACGGCGCCCUCAUCGCCACCGUCGGGGCUGCGGGCGGCUCGCGCAUCAUCACCGCCACCGCCGCCGCCCUGUGGCACGUCUUCGAGCACGCCAUGUCCAUGCGCGAGGCCCUCGCCGAGCCCCGCAUGCACGACCAGCUCAUGCCCAACACCGUCCUGCUCGAGUACAAGUUCGACAACGGGACCGCUGCCUCCCUGGCGUCCAGGGGCCAUAACCUGACCCGCGUGGCCGAGGGGCUCAGCGCUGUGCAGGGCAUAAUGAUGCUGGAUGACGGGGUCUUUGAGGCGGCGAGCGAGCCGAGGCAGCGCAACAGCGCCGGCUUCACAAUUUAG